AUGGCAGCUAAUCGAGGUGAAAUUGCAAUUCGUAUCUUUCGAGCAUGUACUGAAAUGAAUAUUCGAACAGUGGCUAUCUACAGUGAACAAGAUAAAAUGCAAAUGCAUCGUCAAAAAGCUGAUGAAUCCUAUCUAAUUGGUAAGAGUCUACCACCUGUAGCUGCUUAUCUAAACAUACCUGAAAUUAUUCAAUUAGCCCAAAAACAUAAUGUUGAAGCUAUUCACCCUGGUUAUGGAUUUCUCAGUGAAAGAUCUGAAUUUGCACAAGCAUGUGCUGAUGCUGGGAUUAUAUUCAUUGGACCAUCGGCCAAAGUUGUCAAACGUAUGGGUGAUAAAGUGGAAGCUAGACAGGCAGCAAUCAGUGCUAAUGUUCCUGUGGUUCCUGGUAGUCCUGGACCAAUUACUACACCUGAGGAAGCAGUAGAAUUUUGUAAACAAUACGGAUUACCUGUUAUACUCAAGGCGGCAUAUGGUGGAGGUGGUCGUGGUAUGCGAGUGGUUCGAAGACUUGAGGAUAUACGACAAAAUUUUGAAUUAGCAUCUUCAGAAGCUUUAGCAGCCUUUGGAAAUGGAGCAAUGUUUAUUGAGAAAUUUAUUGAACGACCUAGACAUAUUGAAGUACAAAUAUUGGGCGAUAAAUAUGGAAAUAUUGUACACUUAUUUGAAAGAGACUGUUCUGUUCAACGAAGACAUCAGAAAUUGGUUGAGAUUGCACCCGCUCCUAAUUUGGAUCCAGAUAUACGUAAAUCCUUGUUAAAUGAUGCAGUACGAUUAGCAUCUUCUGUUGGCUAUGAAAAUGCUGGCACCGUAGAAUUUCUCUAUGAUCAAAAAGCUGGACAUUAUUAUUUUAUUGAGGUGAAUGCACGCCUUCAAGUGGAACAUACAGUUACUGAAGAAAUAACUGGUGUGGAUCUUGUACGAUCCCAAAUCCGUCUAGCUGAGGGUUGUUCACUGAAAGAUCUUAAUUUAUGUCAGAGUAAAAUUGGAUCUCAUGGUUAUGCAAUACAAUGUCGUAUAACUACUGAAGACCCAGCUAAAAACUUUCAACCUGAUUCUGGACGUAUUGAAGUUUUCAAAAGUGGUGAAGGAAUGGGUAUUCGUUUAGAUUCAGCAUCAGCAUUUGCUGGUGCAAUCAUUUCACCAUAUUAUGAUUCUUUAUUAGUUAAAGUGAUUGCACGUGCACAUGAUUUUCGUUUAGCAGCUAAGAAAAUGUUACGUUCACUUGCAGAAUUUCGAAUACACGGUGUUAAGACAAAUAUUCCAUUUCUUAUGAAUGUGGUGAAACAUGAAAAGUUUUUAACUGGUGUUGUGGAUACUUACUUCAUUGAUGAACACCCUGAUCUCUUCAAUUUACCAGCUUCAAAACAACGUGCUCAAAAGCUACUUCGUUAUAUAGGUAAUACAAUGGUUAAUGGACCAUCUACCUUGUUAGCUACAAAGCUCAGCCCAUCUGAUGUCGAACCGACUGUACCACCAGUUUCUUAUGCUAAUCAUAUCCCACGUGGUUGGCGUGAUAUCCUAUUGGAAGGUGGACCAACUGCAUUUGCUAAAGCUAUCAAGGCAUGUUCACAUCUCUUAAUCACUGAUACUACAAUGCGUGAUGCACAUCAAUCCCUUUUGGCAACACGUGUUCGUACUUUCGAUCUACUUCAUAUUGCUCCAUAUUUAGCACAUCAAAUGCCUCAGUUGUUAAGCUUAGAAAAUUGGGGAGGUGCUACAUUCGAUGUUAGCAUGAGGUUCCUUCAUGAAUGUCCAUGGGAACGUCUUGAACAACUUCGAUCUGUCAUUCCAAAUAUUCCAUUUCAAAUGCUGUUACGUGGUGCAAAUGCUGUUGGAUAUAAGAAUUAUCCUGAUAACAUUGUAUACAAAUUUUGUGAAGUUGCAGUGAAAAGUGGCUUAGAUAUAUUUCGUGUAUUUGAUAGUUUAAAUUAUUUGCCAAAUUUAAUUAUGGGAAUGGAUGCUGUAGGCGUAGCUGGUGGUGUUGUUGAAGGUUCAAUCUGUUAUUCAGGUGAUCUUUCAAAUCCAAAACUUGAUAAAUAUAAUUUACAGUAUUAUAUGGAUUUAAUUGAUGAAUUGGUGAAAGCUGGAACACAUAUAUUAGGCAUUAAAGAUAUGGCAGGUUUAUUGAAGCCAAAUGCUGCUCGCAUGCUUAUAUCUGCUAUACGUGAUCGCUAUCCAGAUUUACCAAUCCACUUGCAUACACAUGAUACAGCUGGUGCAGGUAUAGCAUGUCUACUAGCUGCUGCAGAGGCUGGUGUCGAUAUUGUUGAUGUAGCUGUGGACAGUAUGUCUGGAUUAACUAGUCAACCAAGUAUGGGAGCACUUGUAGCUUGUUUAAAAAAUACUGAUUUAGAUACAACUUUAUCUCCAAAAGAUGUGUCUGCUUAUUCAGCUUAUUGGGAACAAACACGUAAUUUAUAUGCACCAUUCGAAUGUACAACAACUAUGCGUUCAGGUAAUGCAGAUGUAUAUGAGAAUCAGAUACCUGGUGGCCAGUAUACAAAUUUACAAUUUCAAUCAUAUUCUCUUGGUUUGGGAGAUCAAUUUGAAAAUGUUAAACGUAAAUAUACAGAAGCUAAUCAAUUGUUAGGCGAUAUAAUUAAGGUAACUCCAUCUUCAAAGAUAGUUGGUGAUUUAGCCCAGUUUAUGGUUCAAAAUAAUUUGACAGCUCAACAAGUUUUAGACAGAGCUGAAGAAUUAUCUUUUCCUCAUUCAGUUAUAGAAUUUUUCAGUGGUGAAAUUGGUUUCCCUUAUGGGGGAUUCCCUGAACCGCUUAGAACAAAGAUUAUGAGAGGUCAAAAGGUUAAAACAGAACGUAUAGGUUCACUUAUGCAACCAUUUGAUUUUGAAAAAUUAGCCUCAGAAUUAAAAGAGAAAUUCAAUAGAAAUUUUGAUGAACGUGAUUUAUUAUCUGCUGCUUUAUAUCCAAAGGUAAUUCUACUGGAUAGCCUUCAACAAAAUCCAUGGGUACCAUUCGUAUUGUUCAUUAGUACAUUUGCUAUUCUGAUCUCAUUGAUGUGGAAAAGGCAAGAAACACCGACUAAUUUUAUUCUAUUGUUUUUAUUUACUUUAUGCGAGUCCGUACUUGUGGGAUAUGCAGUAAUCACAUUCUCAGCAACCGUUGUACUUCAAGCGUUUGGAUUAACUACCGCUGUAGUUUUAACAUUAAUGUUGUACACAUUGAAUUCCAAGAGAGAUUUCAGUAAAUUGGGUGUUGGUUUAUCAGUUGGCUUUCUCGUUCUCUUAUUGGCUGGACCAAUAAACUUAUUUCUAGGUUCAUCAUUAUUGGAGUUCAGUAUUGCAGUUGGUGGUACUUGUUUAUUCAGUUUAUUCAUUGUCUAUGAUACUUGGCGAAUAAUGUAUCAUUGUUCACCUGAAGAGUAUAUUAUAGCUUGUAUUGAUCUCUAUUUGGAUAUCUUGAAUUUAUUCAUGUAUAUUCUAAGAUUCUUAAAAGAAGUACAACAGAGUCAAAGCUGAUUUGAUUAUUAUAAAGAAAUGUGAUAAGAUAUAGAAUCCAUUCUACUGUUCUGUUCACUUAUUUAUUCUGACAUAUUUGGACAUCUAU